AUGGCACAGUGGUGGCAGAUCCUCUUGGGGUUGUGGACACUCAUGCCCAUCUUGGCAGGAGACAAGAUGGUCAACGUCUGCAUGAAUGCCAAGCACCACAAGCCAGAGCCCGGCCCGGAAGACACACUCUACUUGGAGUGCACGCCCUGGGAGGACAAUGCCUGCUGCACAUCCACCACAAGCUGGGAAGCCCACCUUCAGGACUCCCUGCUGUUCAACUUCAGCCUGAUGCACUGUGGACUGCUGACCCCAGUCUGUCAGAAGCACUUCACCCAGGCCAUCUGCUUCCAUGAGUGUUCCCCCAACCUGGGGCCUUGGAUCCAACCGGUGAGGAGACAGGGGCAGCCCCCCCCCCCAAGUGGUGGUGGUGAACGGGUUUGGGGCGUGCCACUGUGCUGGGAGGACUGUGAGGAGUGGUGGAAAGACUGCCAGUCAUCCUACACAUGUAAAUCCAACUGGCGUGAUGGCUGGGACUGGAGUCAAGGGAAGAACCGCUGCCCAGCACAGGCGCCCUGCCGUCCUUUCCCCGAUUACUUCCCCACCCCCGCUGAGCUGUGUGAGAAGAUAUGGAGCGACACAUUCAAGGCCAGUCCUGAGCGCAGGAACAGUGGACGGUGUGUGCAGAAGUGGUUUGAGCCCACCCAGGGCAACCCCAACCUGGAAGUGGCCCUUCACUUUGCCAGCUCUGCCUCAGCCCGGGGGCUUUCUUACACCCUCACAGCAGUAGUUUUGUGCCUGUUGCUCCAUUCCUGAAGGCCCCCUUCUUCUACCCGUGUUCCUUGGUCCUUCUGGGCCAUGGUCAUCUCCUUCC